CCCCUCAACAAGAAGCUUCACCUCCCCGAGCGCUUUUGUCAGUGAAGGAGAUGGCUGUCUCCCUCACUCAACUACAAAACUUUGCCUAUGUGUUCAUAUGCAACGGGAUGCAUAGUUUUGCUCAUGUAGGUAGCUAUAUGCAUAGAAUCAUCGCUCUUGUGAGUGGAUAUGUGCAUAAAAUCAUCGCGUUCUUGUAUUACUUCAUCACCUUCCAUUUGAGCCCAUUCUGGAUUCAGCUAUCUUAUUUUGUUUCUCUUGGCUUGGUGGGUUCUCUAGCCAUGAUGAUACUUAAGCCAAGCAAUCCUGCCUUCAGUCCUAGGUAUGUCGACAUGUUAUUCAUGUCCACAUCUGCGGUGACGGUCACAGGUCUUGGGACAGUCGAGAUGGAGAAUUUUUCAAGUUCUCAAAUCGUCGUCCUCACCCUUUUGAUGUUCUUAGGAGGGGAGGUAUUCGUCUGCCUGCUCGGCCUUCUGCUGAGAAAAGAUGAUCCGCAUGGCAUUAAUCCAGACACCGCUGAUAAUAGAGUUGAUCCAGUCGUUGCUGAACUUAACCCUAUGGAUCCUUCAAAUACCAUCGAUGGCAUCGAGUUGGGUCCUACAAUUGUAGGUCCGGAUACUUCUCUGAGUGAUGGCGGCAAGGAUUUGAGGAUUGAUUCUGUACGAUAUUUGGGUUUUGUGGUGUUGGUUUAUGUUCUUCUGAUUCAUGCCAUCGGCUCUCUAUUGAUUUUAUUGUACAUAGCUUCCGUUUCAAGCGCCAGGGAUGUGCUGAAGGUAAAGAGUAUUCAUAUUUUCCUAUUCUCCUGGUCUGCCACCGUUUCUUCCUUUGCGAAUGGGGGCUUGAUACCGACAAACGAGAACAUGGCAAUCUUCAACGUGAAUCCUGGUCUCCUACUACUAAUGAUUCCUCAAAUUCUCGCCGGCAAUACGCUGUUCCCUUUGUUCCUCAGAUCGGUGAUAUGGGCCUUGAGGAGGUGUAGUAAAGCUGCAGAAUUCGAGUAUCUGUUGAAGCAUUCAAGAGAUAUCCGGUUCGAUCACUUGCUUCCUAACCUGCGAGCUGCCUUCUUGUCUCUCACUGUUCUUUCAUUUAUAGCAGUUAUGGUUGUGCUUUCUUGCUCCCUCGACUGGAAUUCAGCAGUAUUCGAUGGAUUGGAUUCCUAUCAGAAAAUUGUCAGUGCAUUAUUCAUGGCGGUGAAUACCAGGCAUGCCGGUGAAAAUUCCAUCGAUGUCUCCCUCCUCUCUCCAGCAGUUCUGGUGUUGUUCAUCGUUAUGAUGUACCUUCCAUCUUCCACGACCUUCUUACCCAUUCAAGAAAAUGAUGCGAGCCCUGGGGGAAAUAAGAAAAACAAGAGAAAGAGACGGUUGGUGCAGAUGCUAAUACUGUCACCUCUCUCCUGCGUUGUCAUCUUCAUCAUUGUCAUCUGCAUCACUGAGAGAAGAAAACUAUCCAGAGACCCACUUAAUUUCUCUACUCUGAACAUAAUCUUCGAAGUGAUGAGUAUUGUGUUGAUGCAGUGGAUAUGGAAAUGCGGGGCUCUCAACAGGCUAUAGCUGUGCCCGAUUUCAACAACUGCAUCCCGAUGUCAAAUGUCAGGACAAGUUAUAUAGUUUUUCAGGGGCAUGGAGUGAUGAAGGGAAGCUGAUUUUGGCUUUCGUCAUGCUUUAUGGAAGGCUUAAGAAGUUCAGCUUGGAAGGUGGUAAAGCUUGGAAGAUAAAUUAACAUAUGAUCUCCAUAUGCAUCCUCUUUCCUACGGAUGAAGAAAAUCCACACAGAGAAUGGCCCAGAGCUAUUGAACUGUGGAAAAUCCAACAAACUCUACCAGAAGAAUAUUUUUAUUUUGCAGGCCUAGGCACUGUGCAAGUAUACAUCUAUGAGUGCCAGGACGGUCCCCAAAGUAGUAUUUGGAUGGCACUAAGUGCAUUGAAAAUACUAGGGAACAACCAAGAAGGAAGCAAAGAAACAGAGGCAAGGGAUGCUCUUAAUUUUCAAGCUCCCAGCUGACAUCAUAAUAAAUUUACUAAUCUUUUCAAGCA